UUUUCCUUUAUCACGUAAAAAGACAAAAAGAAGAAUUAAUCAUGGGCUCUAAGGCACUCAUUUUCGCUUGCAUAGCUUUCUUCAUGGCUUUAAUAAUCACCUCGGAGAUGGCUUCAGCUCGGGAGUUAGCCGAGGAAGCUUCCAACCAAGCUGAUGAACCUAAGACGACUGAGAGUGCUUCCGGGUUUGAGGAAUCCAAGCACUAUGGAGGAUAUGGUGGAUACGGAGGAUAUGGAGGAUAUGGCGGAUAUGGUGGCGGGUACGGUCGUGGAGGGUACGGAGGAUAUGGCGGCGGUUAUGGACGUGGCGGGUAUGGUGGCUACGGCCGAGGCGGUGGUUAUGGCCGUGGUGGCGGUUAUGGUGGUGGUUAUGGCGGUGGUGGUGGAUAUGGCGGCGGCUAUGGUGGUGGUUAUGGUGGUGGCGGAGGUUAUGGCGGAUAUGGUGCCAAAGCUCGUGAGGCUACUAGCGAGCCCUAAAGUUGGUGGCAUAAUGAAUAUGGUUUUGUUAGAAGCUCGUUGUAAUCAUAAAACUUUUGUGUACCGCGUGGUUUGAAAUAAGAAUAAGAGCUUCAGUUUAAUUAAAUCUGUGUUAAUCUAUUAUAUCCUAUAUUUAUCGAAUUUGCAUGUCCAAAUGUUGAUCACAUGGAGGACAUCUAUUGUUAAUAAUAUUUUUUGUUGGUAAAAUCAUUCCAGCUAUGGGCAAGUCUGCUCCAAGAAACCCUUAGUGAUGACACUGGUUGGAGCGCAAGUUAUCC